CCGGAAGGAAGUUAUUUGAUUAGAAGUGUCACGUGGAAGUCAGAAAGCUCUCCGAGGCCACCAAGCGGUGGGACUGUGAACUACAGCGACUCGGUAGUUCACUUUGCUGUCAUUCUGCCAUUAUCAGCUUUUUUUCAUUUAAAAAAUUUGGAAAUAUAUAUUUUGUUCUAUCCCCACAAGGCAAUGCAGUGCAAUCAUGCGAAUUUAAAUUAAUAUUAUAUUAAAUUGUACAGUUAUUUCGAAAAUAUUCACUGAAUAAAGUUGCAAUGAAUAUUAAAUCCAAAAGUUGCACUCAAGGUUAUGACAUUUGUGGCCAAAGGGUCUUUUGUCCUGAGACAGCAUAUAGUAAAUACAAUGUGUGCUUUAUAACACACGUAUAACAGUAGAACAAACAGGUACUGUUGGCUAUGUGAUUGACAUAAAGGCUUAUACGUGUUUAGUCCUCUGAGACCAGUGGUGAUUGAAGAGUCUGGAUCAUCUGUAUCUAUCACAAUGUGAGGUUUCCACUGCAUACUCUGAAGCAAUAAUUUAAAUUAUACAAAGAAAUGAUAGCUGAAUUAUUGUAGACAUUAAGAAAUGUGUAUUUAGAGUGCUUCUUUAAAGGGGAGGACUUUGUGUGAUCUCAUGAUCAGAGUCCAACCAGAGAAAUCCAGAGAUAUUCUGGUUGAUGAAGGUAAGUAAUAAAUGUUCACCUUGUCGUACGUUUGAAAUGACUUUGUAGUCAUUGUUUUCAAGAUUUAUAAAAAUCCAUAACUCUGUAGAAAUGUGCAUUAAUCACUGUGUUCGUGCAUGUAAAAAUAACCCCUUCAAUUAUACACAAAAUAGUCAGGAUAUCAAUGAAGACAAUGCUGUUAUAUCAUAAUUUAAAUUUAGUACAACAUUUAGUAAAAAUAACUAUGUAUUUGAUCAUGUUUUUGUAUCACACGAUACAUAAUGUCAGAAUUCCCAUUUAGGUAUUGAUCCGUUAAUGGUUAACAUAUUAGGCUUGAAAACAAACAAGGGAGAUUUAGUUUACCUCUUAUUUGCUAAGACUAUGGUCUGAAUACUUUUGAUCAACUAUAAGCUUUUCUCUUCAUACUAACAUAGUUGGACAAAUAAUAUUUUACAAACUGCUUUAAAAAGUAAAAAAAAGAGAAUCUGCUCAUUUUCAGUAAUGGAGUCUCGGUAUCACCGGUUUGGGUCGACUGAUAACAGCUCCGUCGGUGGAGAGCACAAAACGACUGUACACACCAUGUUUACAGAUAUGAAGAAGAUAGUGGGUUGUGUCCUCUACGGAGUCCUGGUGCUGCUGCUGUUGAUUCUGCUGAUGGUCACUGGGAUUAAAUUCUCCCAGUUAAACAAGGAAAUCACUGACGUCAAACUCAACCUUGAGGAAAUCAGCAAUGGAAGAACUUCCUUUACCAGUUCGGGUCAGGAAAUUAUUUCUUUUGUUGAUUUAAUGACGUUCAAUCGAUGCCCUUGUUCAUCUUUGUUGUUGUUGUUGUUGUUGUAUUACUUCCAAACUCAAGGUGUAACAACUGUGCAGGAGGUCUUUUUGCCGAGACUUGUCCCAGUUAGAGGAACAUGUAGGGAAGGCUGGGUGUCUUUCCAGACAAGCUGCUACGUGCUAACAAGCACGGCCAUGAGCUGGAGCAAAGCAGAGGAGCAGUGCCAAAGACACGGAGGACACUUAGUGGUUCUGAAUAAUGUUGAGGAACUGGACUACAUUUCAAAAGUAGUUAAUAUCAAAUAUAACUAUUGGAUCGGACUGGUGGAGCGAGAACACGAGGGACACUGGAGCUGGGUGGAUGGAACGGACUUCAACUCAACCCCAACUUUCUGGGACAAUGGUCAGCCUGACAACUGGGACUACAGUGAGAACGGAGAGGACUGUGGGCAGAUCCAUGCUUCAGAGAGACGCAAACGCAAGAUGUGGAACGAUGCAGACUGCAACCUGACGCAUCACUUCAUCUGUGAGACGAGGGCGUGAGACACGGAACCGGUCUGAGCUUCUGAACCCUUACCAACAUGAAUGAACUCUGAUAUUAAUUAUGUUUUAAAUAUCAAGUUAUUCAUCUUGAUAAAAGUUGCACAUGCGUGUGAGGUCUUUGUUGUCCAAUAAAACAGUAACUAUGA